AUGGCGUCCGCACGUGAGGGUCAUUAUAGAGGAGUCAGAAAGCGCCCAUGGGGCCGCUAUGCAGCAGAGAUACGUGACCCUUGGAAGAAAACCCGGGUUUGGUUAGGCACUUUCGACACACCGGAGGAUGCUGCACUAGCCUACGACUGCGCCGCCAGGUCCCUCCGUGGUACCAAAGCCAAAACCAACUUUCCCAAUCCGUCGCCGGGGUUGUCUUUGAACAUCAACAUUAAGACCGAACACCCGUGUGCCUCGCCUUCUGGCAGGCUCAUGAUUAACAACUUUCUUCAUAAUGGCGUGAAUGAGAUCAACGAUGUGAGCUUCAGGGCUGGUGAUCACAGCACGACGGAAGUGGGCGGCUCUUCUGGAACUCCGGUGGCGGAGUCCGGCGACGGCGAAGCGAAGUAUUUCGGUAUAGUAAGACGUGGGUUGGCCAUCGACUUGAACGAGCCUCCACCUUUGUGGAUGUAA